AUGUCGGAGAAAUUAGAAAGAGUUAUGAUAUCAGAGCCCGAGGAUUUAUCGAGCACAUCAUCAAGUGCUAAAUCUACUAUUGCGGAAAAUAUAUUUAUAGUACUGUCUAUUUUGGGAGUAAUCAUUUGUCCUUUAUUGCUGAUAGUCUGCUUCCGGGUAGUAAAACAAUACAAAAGAGCUGUAGUGUUACGUUUUGGUAAAGUGAGAGCAGAUUCACCAGCUGGUCCAGGAGUAAUAUGGGUCUUGCCAUUCACAGAUGAAGUUACUAUUAUAGAUCUUAGAACACAAUCUUUCAAUUUGCCACCUCAACAAAUUCUUACGAAAGAUUCAGUAACCGUUACAGUUGAUGCGGUCGGCUACUUUCACGUAAUGGAACCUCUUCAAUGUUUAUUAAACGUCCAGUAUUAUAGACGUUCGACGGAAUUAAUAACAAUUGCUGUGUUGAGAAAUGUUCUUGGCCAAUAUACGUUAGCAGACGCUUUGACUAGCCGUCAAUCCAUGAGUACCAGAACCAAAUUUGAGAUUGACGCGAUAAUCUCUGAUUGGGGGAUUCACAUCGAAAGAGUGGAAAUAAAGAACAUAUUAUUACCAUUUGAUCUACAAGAAGCGAUGGCUGUAGAAGCUGAAGCCACCCGUAUAGCGAAAGCAAAAUUAAUUGAAGCCGCAGGUGAAAUACAAGCAGCUGUAAAUCUUCGCGAAGCCUCUAGAAUAAUAAUGGAGAAUCCACAAAUCAUGCUGUUGAGAUAUCUGCAAUCUUUGAACUCCAUAGCUUCACGACAGAAAACAUCAAUUAUUUUCCCGUUUCCAAUUCAAAUCCCUGAACCACUUGGACAAGAUCAAUUCCCGAACACAGUUCAUCAAAAUACAAAUGAAUUACUAAAUCAACUGAAAAAUGACCUUCAGGCAGAUAAAUUUCCAGAAAACCUUCUCCAAGCUGUACCGGAUGAAAGAGGUGAAGUCGCUGUCUAG